CGAUGACUAUAAAUUUUAACUGAUUUACCGCUAUAAGUACAAGAAAAUUACUUAUGAGCGAUAUCCAAAAGGCUCUAAUUGACCAACCCAAAAAAAUCGCCUGACCUUAUAAAUGCUAAAGGAAUUCACAUUCCAAACUGAACCACAAUCAUCCCAUAUUCACCAUGGAUGGCAAGGCCUCGGACAUGGAGAACAAGAGCGCAAAGAAAGACGAAGCUGUUCUAUCCAUAGAGCAGAUUUAUGAGUGCGAAGAAGUCCCGGGAUGGCGAGAGCAGCUGACGUUUAGAGCUUUCGUUGUGAGCUUCAUGUUGUGUGUCAUGUUUAGCGUUAUCGUGAUGAAGCUCAACCUGACCACCGGGAUCGUACCUUCUCAAAACAUAUCUGCUGGUUUGAGGGGUUUUUUCUUCGUGAAGAUAUGGACCAAGCUCCUUGAGAAAUCCCGUCUGUUGAAGCAGCCGUUUACGAGGCAGGAAAAUACGGUUAUACAGACGUGCGUGGUCGCCGCCUCCAGCAUCGCCUCCAGUGGAGGCUUUGGGAGUUACCUUCUUGGGAUGAGUGAGAAAAUCGCAAAUCAAACGACGGAAAAGAAUGGCCCACAGAAUAUCAAGAACCCUGCACUAGGAUGGAUGAUCGGGUUUUUCUUUGUCAUUAGUUUUCUCGGGCUUUUCUCUGCGGUGGCCCUCAGAAAGAUCAUGAUCAUUGACUAUAAGCUGACAUACCCCAGCGGAACUGCGACUGCACACCUUAUCAAUAUCUUCCACACCCCUCAGGGAAUGAAGCUAGCAAAGAAACAGGUGAAAGCACUUGUCAAGUUCUUGUCCUUCAGUUUCAUCUGGGGUUUUGUCCAGUGGAUUUUCAGGGCAGGACAUGACUGUGGAUUUUCAUAUUUCCCUGCAUUUGGUCUCGAAGCCUACAAAAACAGAUUCUACUUGGACUUCUCAGCUUCCUAUGUUGGCAUUGGAAUGAUUUGCCCUUACAUUGUUAACAUCUCUUUGCUGGUUGGCUCUAUUCUGUCAUGGGGAAUUCUGUGGCCCCUCAUAGGAACUAAAAAGGGUGAUUGGUACGUUGCGGAUCUCGGGCCUGACAACCUUCACGGCCUCCAAGGCUACAGGGUCUUCAUCGCCAUUGCCAUUAUCCUGGGGGACAGCCUCUACAACUUCUUCAAGGUUAUCAGCAUAACAACCUCCUCCUUUCUUCAAAAAAUGCGUGAGAAAGACACUAACGUAAUCCCCGUGAUCAACCAACUCUCUCCCACCAAGCCAUCCAUGUCCUACGACGACCAUCGCCGGACUGAACUCUUUCUAAAAGAUCAAAUCCCAACACGGGUAGCAGUUGGGUGCUACAUAGCCAUUGCUGCCAUCUCAAUAGCCACUUUACCACACAUCUUUCCCCAACUCAAGUGGUACUACGUCUUAGUUGUUUACAUCUUCGCUCCAGUCCUAGCCUUCAGUAACGCCUAUGGUUUCGGACUCACUGACUGGUCCCUUGCUUCCACCUAUGGAAAGCUUGCCAUCUUCACCAUUGGCGCAUGGGCAGGAGCUUCACAUGGUGGGGUGCUUGCAGGGCUUGCCUCGUGUGGUGUCAUGUUCAACAUUGUCCAGACAGCUGCAGACCUCAUGGGAGACUGCAAGACAGGUUACUUAACACUAGCUUCGCCUCGGUCCAUGUUUGUCAGCCAAGUAAUCGGGACCACAAUGGGCUGUGUCAUUGCUCCUUGCAUCUUCUGGCUAUUUUACAAAGCCUUCCAUGACAUUGGCACUCCUGGAACGGAAUACCCUGCCCCUUACGCACUCAUUUACCGUAACAUGGCAAUACUUGGUGUUGAUGGUUUCUCUUCCCUGCCAAAGCACUGCCUCACCCUCUGCUACAUGUUUUUUGCUGGUGCUAUUAUCAUCAACUUAGUGAGAGAUGUUGUGGGGAAAAGGGUCGCGAGGAUGGAAAGGCUAAUUCCACUCCCGAUGGCAAUGGCAAUUCCAUUCUAUAUUGGGCCAUACUUCGCCAUUGAUAUGUGCGUGGGGAGCUUGAUACUGUUCAUAUGGCAGCAGACAAACAAGGCCAAGGCGGACAAAUUCGCACCCGCAGUGGCAGCCGGUUUAAUUUGUGGUGACGGGAUAUGGACAUUGCCACAGUCGGUGCUUGCUUUGGCCAAUGUUUACCCACCCAUCUGCAUGAAAUUUCUAUCAAGGAAUCAGGAAAGGAAAGUGGAAAGUUUCUUAGCCAAGUUAUCUUAAUAGCAGAAGCCAGUUGGCAUGUGUCUCUACGGUCAAUAUUCCAGUGUGAGUAUGUAUAAAAGUUAAGCCUAUGCAGCAAUGACGAGAAUUCAAACUCGGCAUUCAAUCCAAUAGCCCCAUGUAGAAACUAAAGUUGUUUGAUAUAUUAUCACCUAGCAACAGUGUUUGCAA